GGCCGCUUCCCUGGAAACAGAGACGGCUGGCAGCCCCAGCUUCCUGCUGGAGCUCAGGCGGCCGCUUUUUGGGGCGGGGGCUGGGGGCCGGGCAGAUAGAAAGUGCCUGCCUGCUGAAGACUCCAGGGCGCUGGGAGACUCAAUGACUGCUGUCCCCAGCGGACAUGGGGAAGAAGCUGGUGAUGGCCCAGAAGCGGGGAGAGACUCGAGCCCUUUGCCUGGGCGUGGCCAUGGUGGUGUGUGCCGUCAUCGCCUACUACAUCCUGGGCACGACCAUGCUGCCCCUCUACCAGAAAAGCGUGUGGACCCAGGAAUCCACGUGCCACCUGAUUGAGACCAACAUCAGGGACCAGGAGGAGCUGGAGGGCAGGAAGGUGGCCCAGUACCCAUGCCUGUGGGUCAACGUGUCCGCCGUGGGCCGCUGGGCCGUGCUGUACCACACAGAGGACACUUGGGACCAGAACCAGCAGUGCUCCUACAUCCCAAGCAGCCUGGACAACUACCAGCUGGCCCGGGCCGACGUGGAGAAAGUCAGAGACAAUUUCCACGAGCACCGGGUUUUCUACUGCUUCUCGACCACGCGGGAGAAUGAGACCAGGGUCCUGUACCGGCGCCUCUACGGGCCCCAGACCCUCCUGUUCUCUCUCUUCUGGCCCACCUUCCUGCUGACCGGAGGCCUCCUCAUCAUCGUCAUGGUGAAGAUCAACCAGUCCCUCUCCAUCCUGGCGGCUCAGAAGUAGACCCGUGCACAUCACAACACUGCUCAGGUCGCAGGGGGCUGGGGGGGCCCUGGGCUGUACCCCGUUUGUGUAUCCAUGCCUCUUCCCUCUGCCUUCCCACUCUCCCUCCCAAUCCACUCAGUCUUCCACAGCACGCGUGGCCUCUGUUAAGUCCUUUCCUGCUCAAGAAUGGGCCAUGGCUCCCCAGUGCCUCGGGGAGCACAGGCCAGCCACUUACAGCUCUCCAUUCCCUGUCCCCCCUCCACGGACUCCAACCCAUUUCUGGCUGAGCCACCCGCCACCCCACAGAUGACGACGGUUCUGACCUCUGCGCCGUGUUCUCGCCGCUGACUCAAAGGCCUGCCCGUGCUGUCCAAAACGCUGUCCUCAGCAAACCCCGGCUCCUUUGUGAAUUUCAUAAUGAAAACAGCGGCGCGUGCAGAGAGCACAGUUAGAGCCUCUCUUGUUUUCAGGACUCUAAGUGCCUUACACAUUUUUACUCUAAUGUUAGCAAGUACACAAAGAAACAAUGGGACUACAAGGAAAUAUACGAAAAUGCA